GCGUGAGUUGUGUUCACAAUUCGUUGAAGUAAAAAAAAAAAAAAAAAAAAAAAGCUACUCUUGUGUUCGACCAUGAAGUCGAAAGCAUAGAUAGAGAAGCACCAUUGAGAAAUUAGGGUUUUUUUUUUCUUUUUUUUUUUUUCUUUCUAACGAGGAUAGUUUUCAUUUCACAAAUUAUUUGUCUUUAUCUUUUUUCAAGAAUGAUCCAGACUCAAGACCCCUUGAAAUUAUCUUAUUUUCGCGAUUUCCCAUUAUCUUUCCCUCACUUUCCUCCUUCAGCGGUCACAAUUUUACCGAUAAACAAAUACAUCCGCCAACUAUGGCUUCUUCGCUAAUCGCUUCUCAAUCUCUUCCCCUUCGCCGCCCCCUCCUUCCCCCAAACCUACGCCGCCCACCACCUUCUCCGCUCCUUCUCCCUUUGUCCACCGUCAAAUCUCCAAAUCUCGGCCUUAGGGUUUUAGCUUCCUCAUCCCUUUCUUCUUAUUCACCAAAACUUUCCCGUCAAUCACAAGAAAUUCCGAUUUCACCGCUCCUUACCGGUCCAACCCGGAUACUUGCUACCCUUCUUUCUGUUUCCCUUGCAUUUUCGACCGUAAUUGUUAAACUGGUUCAGAAUGUUUGGCCGAUUUUGAUUCCCCAAUGUCUCAUAAAUAAUCCCUGUUCUGGGCUCGGUGCCUUACAGCCGGCCGGCUCUUUGUUCUUUGCUUCUUUACGGAACCCUUCCGUGGGAGGUCUCAACACGCCUUUGACGGUGGUGGCUGUAGGUUUGGCUAAGUGGCUGGAUAUUUACAGUGGGAUUUUGAUGGUUAGGGUUUUGCUGAGUUGGUUCCCCAACAUUCCUUGGGAGCGGCAGCCACUCUCCGCAAUUCGUGAUCUCUGUGAUCCGUACUUGAACCUCUUCCGGAAUAUCAUUCCUCCAGUCUUCGACACGCUGGAUGUUAGCCCACUUUUGGCUUUUGCGGUUCUGGGCACACUAGGGUCAAUUCUGAGCAACACCACUCGUCUGAUUUGAAGGAGGCUGUGAGUGGAUUUGGUUGGCUGGUUGGUUAGUAGCGGAGUUUACGACGAGUAAGGGGCUUUGAAUUUGCGAGACAUGAUUGUAAAUUUUAGUUAAAAUAUUUGACUUUUGACCGCUUUUAAUGGAAGCAUUUGUUCGAUGAGCUUGCGGAGUGAUUUAAAAGUUGGCCUGUUUACUAUGUUUGCUAUGUUGAUGAUAUAUCAAUCAUAUCUUGGCCAAGAAUACAAGCUCUCUGUCACACAGGACUCAAAUUGGGUUUACCAACCAGUACCCAUGCACAUUAGAAGCAAUGAGAAUAGGUAGAAGAUUUGUGAAAUAGACAGGAUAAAAAAUGAAACCUACGGGCUCUAGUUUUGCUUCCACGUGAAUCUUUACCUUGUGGCGUGGAUGGAUGGGGGAAAUAACUCAAAAUAACAAUGUAGUUGGAGAACGGACAGCAGUUUGGAGUUGAGCUUGAUUGAUAUGGAAAUUGAAAGUUCCUUUUUCUUUUCUUCCAUUUCUUCACGGCUUGGAUUAGACGUAAAUUUUCAAUGGGGAAAGGAAGUUGAUUGAUGAUUGUCUCGGAUUUUGCUUGUAUUGGUUUGUUUGGUGCAUCGGAGGCCAGUAAGAUGUGACAGGCCACCACAUAGAUACAAAACACUUUCUAAUUCGGAAUCCUUAUUUCUAACAAUGCCUUGAAUUCGACAUACUUCCCACUUUGUCUAUCAAUUAGAAUGGAAUUUUGUA